GGUUUGCCACCUGGUCCUGGUCGUGCUCAGCCUGUGGCCAGAAACAGCUGUUGCCCCUGGGCCACCACCUGGCCCCCCUCGAGCUUCCCCAGACCCUCGGGCCGAACUGGACAGCAUCGUGCUCCUGACCCGCUCCCUCCUGGCGGACACGCGGCAGCUGGCUGCACAGCUGAAGGACAAAUUCCCAGCUGACGGGGACCACAACCUGGAUUCCCUGCCCACCCUGGCCAUGAGCGCGGGGGCGCUGGGAGCUCUGCAGCUCCCGGGCGUGCUGACACGGCUGCGGGCAGACCUGCUGUCCUACCUGCGGCAUGUGCAGUGGCUGCGCCGGGCAGCUGGUUCCUCUCUGAAGACCCUGGAGCCCGAGCUGGGCACCCUGCAGGCCCGGCUGGACCGGCUGCUGCGCCGGCUGCAGCUCCUGAUGUCCCGCUUGGCCCUGCCGCAGCCACCCCCAGAUCCGCCGGCACCCCCACUGGCACCCCCUUCCUCAGCCUGGGGGGGCAUCAGGGCCGCCCAUGCCAUCUUGGGGGGACUGCACCUGACACUUGACUGGGCUGUGCGGGGGCUGCUGCUGCUGAAGACCCGGCUGUGACCCGGGGCCCAGAGCCACCACCGUCCUUCCAAAGCCAGAUCUUAUUUAUUUAUUUAUUUCAGUACUGGGGGCCUAACAGCCAGGUAAUCCCCCACCAUUAUCUCCCCCUAGUUAGAGACAGUCCUUCCGUGAGAUCAGGGGGGCAUCUGUGCCUUAUUUAUACUUAUUUAUUUCGGGGAGGAUGGGAGGCAGGUGGACUCCUGGGUCCCCAAGGAGGAGGGAACUGGGGUUCCAGAUUCUUGGGUCUCCAAGAAGUCUGUCCACAAACUUCUAUCCUGGCUCCUCCCCUUCUAGGCCUGGGCAGGAAUAUUAUAUUAUUUAUUUAGACAAUUACUUUUCAUGUUGGGGUAUGGGGAGGGGAAGGGAAGCCUGGGUUUUUGUACAAAAAUGUGAGAAACCUUUGUGAGACAGAGAACAGGGAAUUAAAUUUGUCAUACAUAUCCA